GGGCGGAAGCGGGGCGGCAUGUCGGCCAUCGGGGCUCUGGAGCCGGUGCGCGGGGCCGGGGCGGGCGGUGUGUUCCGGCCGCUCAGCGCCGAGGACGAAGAGCAGCAGCCGGCGGAGAUCGAGUCCCUCUGCAUGAACUGCUACCGCCACGGGGUGACGCGGCUGCUGCUCACCAGGAUCCCGUUCUUCCGCGAGGUCAUCGUCAGCUCCUUCGCGUGCGGCAGCUGCGCCUGGGCCAACACGGAGAUCCAGUCGGCUGGGCGCAUCCAGGAGCAGGGGGUGCGCUACACCCUGGCCGUCACGUCCCGGCAGGAUGUAAACAGGGAGGUGGUGAAGACCGACUGUGCCACAGCUAGGAUCCCAGAGCUCGACUUUGAAAUCCCUGCUUUUUCACAGAAGGGAGCUCUUACCACCAUCGAGGGGAUAAUUGACAGAGCUGUAGCUGGCCUGGAGCAGGAUCAGCCAGUCCGCAGGGCAACAGACCAAGAGGUUGCAGAUAAAAUAGAUGAAUUCAUUGACAAGCUAAAGCGGCUGAAGGAGGUGGAUUCCUCUUUCACCUUUAUCCUUGAUGACCCCUCAGGUAACAGCUUUGUGGAGAAUCCUCAUGCACCACAGAAGGAUGAAGCGCUGGUGGUCACUCAUUACAAGAGGACUCCCCAGCAGGCUGUGAUGCUUGGACUUGAGGCAGAUGAGCCAGAGGAGAAGCCAGUUGACGCUUUGGAGGACCUGAGGAAUGAAGUGUUGCAGUUCAACACCAAUUGUCCUGAAUGCAAUGCUCCUGCCAAUACAAAUAUGAAGCUAGUACAAAUUCCACAUUUCAAGGAAGUGAUCAUUAUGGCUACGAACUGUGAGGCUUGUGGGCACAGGACAAAUGAGGUGAAAUCUGGAGGAGCGAUAGAACCAGAGGGCACCAGGAUCACCCUUCAUAUCACAGAUCUCUCUGACAUGACGAGAGACAUCCUCAAGUCCGACACAUGUAGUGUGGAGAUUCCAGAGCUGGAGUUUGAGCUGGGAAUGGGAGCCCUGGGGGGGAAAUUCACCACUCUGGAAGGGCUCCUGAAGGACAUCAGAGACCUGGUGGAGAGGAACCCCUUCACGCUUGGGGACAGCUCUGCCCCAAGCAAAGUGGAGAAGCUGCAGGAGUUUGGCAGAAAGCUGCAGCAGAUCAUGGAGGGGCAGAUGGAGGCUCACUUCAUUAUGGAUGAUCCUGCAGGGAACAGCUACCUUCAGAACGUGUAUGCUCCAGAGGAAGACCCAGAGCUGAAGGUGGAGCACUACGAGCGCACAUUUGAGCAGAAAGAGGAGCUGGGUCUCAAUGACAUGAAGACAGAAGGCUAUGAGGCAGGGCAGACCUCGGACCGGUAGCAGCACAUGGAAGGCGGAAGUCAAGCUGGCUUAACUAAAUGAUUGUUGUUUGACUCGAGUGGAGGAGCUGGAUUGUCCAGCACUUGAGCCAUGCUUUUUCUUUAGGCAGCCUGAGGGCUCGCUCCCUUUUACCUUUUGAAAGCGGACAGCUGGGCAUGUCCCAUGAGGUAAACACAAAAGACACUCGGAGUCUGUCGCCAUCCUUAUUGCAGAGACCUGUUUACACUUUUCCUUAUGCAACUGUAAUCUAGAUGUCUGGGUUUCUGAUUCUGUUCUUGUCAACCAUAUUGCCUUGAGCUGCACCAGCAAGGGUUAAUGGGAUCCUUUCCCUGCAAGGGGUGGUGUGGAGCCUCUGUUUUGCUGCUGGUAUCGCUACUGCCAGCCCAGUUUCUAUUUGAAGAAGUAACCACUGUCUCCUUUCCCUAUGCUGUGUUCCACUGUACAGUCCCAAGUAACGUAAAUAAAGUGGUUUCACUAAGUGCAA